CAAUUUCUGUGGUUUUCUCUCUCAAUUGUUGAUUGCCUGUUUCGUGUGUGUGUGUGCGUGCGUGUCAAAUCUUAUAACAGUGCCAAAGAAAAAUUCAUAAGCAAGUAGCGCAAAAUUAUUCUACAUUUGCUUUUGCUGUGUCCGUGCUCUCUUUACACAUAUGUAUAUAUACACACACAUACAUACGUAGUAUAUCAAAAACUGUUAACGGUAGCGCGAGGUUACAUUAAAUUGUUUUUAAAAUACAAUUUUUGUGCUCGAAUUAUAAAAAGCAACAGGCAAUAUCUAGACACGCACCCACACACACACAUACAUAGACAGAUUCACUCAAUAGCAAGGACACGCGGAAAAGCCUAGGAAAUAAACCACAAUUUAUUUCCGUUAAGUAAAAGUCAAUUUAUUGUAUGAGUCAAAAAACUGAAAGACCAGUGCUAUCGGGUCAACGCAUCAAGACCAGAAAAAGAGAUGAAAGAGAAAAAUAUGACCCAACGGGAUUCCGUGAUGCGGUCAUUGCUGGUCUUGAAAAAACUGAAGGUGACCUGGAACAAAUCUCUAAAUAUCUAGAUAGCGCAGGCAAUAAACUUGAUUAUCGUCGUUACGGUGAAGUGCUAUUUGACAUACUAAUUGCUGGUGGUCUAUUGGUGCCUGGCGGUUCUAUAUCUCAGGAUGGCGAAAAGCCGCGCACAAGCUACUGUGUCUUCGGUGCCCCCGAAGAUAUGGAGGCAAUGCGCAACCAUGAGCAGGUGUUUAUCAAGCUUAGCCGGAGGUACAAGUACCUCGAGAAAAUGUUCGAGGAGGAAAUGCGUAAGGUAUUGCUCUUUGUAAAGGGCUUUACACCAAGUGAACGCAUUAAACUUGCGCGUAUGACUGCGCUCUGGUUAGUUAAUGGCUCUGUACCACCAACUGUCUUGCUGGUACUGAACAACGAGCAUCUGAUCAAGGAUGGCAUUGCACUCGAGUUCCUAUUGGAACUAUUUUUGACGUUCAAGCAAGAAAAGGGCAUUGCAUAUCUGGUACAGGCGCUUAAAAAAGGUGGACUGGAAAGCAAACUUAUGGACUUUUUCCCACCAAAUAAACGUACUGAGGAAUAUUUUAAACAAGUUUUUGCUGACAAAGAACUCAACGAGAUCAUCAAGUUGCAUAAGGCGCAGGCCAGCCAAGAGGCCAAGCGUGAAUUGCAGCAAACACUCAUUGAUGAUAUUAAUGACGAGAAAGCGCAUAGCGAAAUAACUGCAGACAUUAAAGAGUUUGCGAUACGCACCAACAUUCCCGAUCAUGAGAUAAUCGUUAUUAUUUGGUCCACCAUCAUGUCACUGGGUGAAUGGAACAAAAAGGAGGAAUUGGUCACUGAUCAAGCUGUACGUCAUUUGAAGGCAUACUGCCCCCUAUUGCAGGCCUUUGCCUCUACUGACCGUUCGGAAUUGGCUUUGAUUUUAAAAGUGCAGGAAUUCUGCUAUGAGAAUAUGAACUUCAUGAAGGCGUUCCAAAAAAUCAUCUUACUUUUUUACAAAACCGAAGUCUUGUCGGAGGAGAUCAUUCUGCGCUGGUACAAGGAUAGUCACGCCAACAAGGGCAAAAUGCAUUUCCUAGAACAGAUGCGCAAAUUCGUUGAAUGGCUGCAGUCUGCCGAGGAAGAGUCAGAAUCGGAGGACGAGCAGAAAAACGGCGAAUAACAAUUUUGUAAAUGAAGUGGAUCGAAGCAGCAGCAGCAGACACAAUGCCAACGUAGCCGCCCGGCCAACUCCCCCUCCCUCCAUCAUCAUACAGCAGCAUAUAAGAGUCCAGCCACUCCUGGAUAAGACGCCUCCCUAUGUUUCGUCAGCCGCCAAUUAAUUGGGAUGCAAGACACACACACACUCACAAAUAAAGAGAGAGAGACAAAGCAACCCCAACCCCCCAUAAUCAGAAAUUUUCAGUACAUAGUUAAUAAUUUUAUCAAAGCUAUUUGAAAUGAAAAACUUUGUUAAAUGCUUUACAUUUAUCGCGGGUUUAAUUUUUGAAAUUGUAAUUUCCCUUUGGCUCAUUACCUUUAAGUUAAUUGAUAUACAAUUUUCUGCUAUAUAAAAGAAAAAACUAAAGCGAGCUAGAGCAAUAUUGUUGACAAGUUUAAACACAAAAGAAAACUGAGCUGCGUGUUUACAUUUUAUAAAAUAGAAAAACUCACAUGAAAAUGUAAUUUAUUGAUUAAAAAUCAACAAAUAGUCGAUUUUAAUUAAGGCGUAAAUAGUGCUGAACAUUUAUAAAGACAAAAGUUGCAGAAAAUUAAAGUUCUGCAGAAAGGCUAAAUCUGGCGUCGAGUUGGCGACUAUAUGUGUAUGUAAAUGCGCUGUAUGUUCGCAUUAUUUAUUUACAACAAUUAUACAUAACAUAAAUAAUCAUAUAUUUACAUGGCAUAAAGAAACAAAAACCUAUACUAUACUUGUAUUCAAAGAUGAACAAGCGUUUUUAGAGAAAACAAAAUGUUUUAGUCAAUAAAAGCAAAAUCAAUACAUACA